UAUUGGGGGAAAAUGCCGAAUUUGGUUGGAUUAAAAAAUUAUGAAGAGGGAGCUUAUGAAGAAUUAGUUGGAAAUAAAAUAAAAAGUUCUGCAGAUUUGGAUGUUUAUUUGGAAAGAAAAUUGUUAGAAAAUGUUGCUAAACUUGCACUUUAUUUUGAAGUUUAA